AUGGAGAUCGUUAGAAUCGCCGUCGCCCUCUUUCUUGUGUUUUGCUCCGUAACGGCGACUAACGCCGCGACUGCGCCACCGAGCGGAGGAGAUGCGCACUCGCUGCCGUGUAUACAGAAACUGAUGCCGUGUCAGCCGUAUCUUCACUCCGCGACUCCGCCGCCUCCUCCGACGUGUUGUAUGCCGUUAAGAGAGAUCGUCGAAAACGACGUGACGUGUCUUUGCGCCGUUUUCAAUAACGUCGAUAUGCUUAAAUCGCUUAACCUCACUAAAGAUAACGCUCUUGUUCUUCCUAACGCUUGUGGCGCCAAAGCUGACGUGUCAAAAUGCAAAGCCAGCUCCGGAGGUACUACUUCUCCGUCUUCGACGACGACGUCGCCGGCAACUCCGAUGACUCCUCCGGCAUCUUCCACCGGAAGCGGUUCCACCGGAGAUUCAGCUCCUUCGACGGCAAAAUCAUCUGACUCGGCUCCGGCUAUCAACUUCGUCAGACUUAGCUUUGCAUCGGCUAUGGUGGCAACACUCUUCUUCUGA